AUGGCAGAUUUGAACUCAGUUGUUAUGGAUGACGAUUAUGAGUUUUCGGCGCCAAGAUUCUAUGACUUCAUCAAUGGAGAGACUGAUGAAGAUAAGCGCAAGGCUGAACUAUGGUUCGAGACUUCAAUUAGCUAUGCUCCUUCUCCUUUUAUGCAAAGAAUCAAGAAGAGUGGUAGAACAAUUCAACUUGAGAACCUAUGUGAUUUUACUAAAGACGAAGAAUUGCAGGACAAUGCAAGGCCUGUGGCUGAGCCCUCUUUUUCUGUAAGUACGGAAGAGGAAAGGUCAAAUGGGAUUGAAGAACCUGCAGCUGUGCUCACGGCUUCUGGAAGUAAGGAAGAGUUAAAGCCAAAUGAGAUUGAAGAACGCGCAGCUGAGCCCACUUCUUCUGGAAGUGAGGUAGAGUUAAAGCCAAAUGAGAUUGAAGAACGCGCAGCUGAGCCCACUUCUUCUGGAAGUGAGGUAGAGGUAAUGCCAAAUGGGAUUGAAGAACGCGCAGCUGAGCCCUCUUCUUCUGGAAGUAAGGUAGAUGUAAUGCCAAAUGAGAUUGAAGAACCUGCAGCUGAGCUUGCUUCUUCUGGAAGUAAGUUAGAGGUUAUGCCAAAAGAGAUUACUGAAGAAUCUGGUAGCAGUCUUCCUAGUCUGGAAUCUGUACAGCAGCAGUCAAAUGUAGAAGAAGUUAGCACCCCUGCACCACCGAUAAUAUCUCAGAAGAGUGACGAGAAGACUGAUUCCAAGAAGCGACAGACCGCUAAAAAGAUUGCCAGCAUUAUUAGAAACCUUUCAGCAUUGAAGUCAAAAGCUCACCUGCAACAGUCACAAUUGAAGAAGAGUAGUAAUCCAGCUAGUGUCAGAAAGCAAACAAUCGCGAAAAGUGCUGUUGGAACACAUAAUCUUUCCCAAGAAAACCAAGCUAUAAAAAGACAGAAACUAGAAAGCGGAAAAUCCAGACAGAUUCUCAAUGUCAAACCCCAGAAUCUGCCUCACAAAACAAAAGUUGGGGUUGCUAGCAGCAAUUCCACCUUAUUCGCUUCGACUGCAGAAGUUCAUAAACAGGACAGAAAGAUGUAUGUUCGGGAACCAGUUGCCCCAUUUGUUUCAAUAGCAGAAAUGAUGAAAAAGUUUCAAUCUAGCACCAGGGAGAUGUCACUUCCUCACAUGAGCAGUUCUACUUCCCAUGAUGAUCCAGCUGGACAGAUGCAGAGGAAGCAUAAGCUCAUAUUGACCAGGCCUAAAGAACCUGAAUUUGUAACAGCUCAACGUGUUCGUCCAACAAGAGUCAAGAGUUCAGCUGAGCUAGAGGAAGAAAUGAUGGCCAAAAUUCCAAAGUUUAAGGCUCGCCCGUUGAACAAAAAGAUAUUGGAAGUUCCAACUCUUCCAGCUUUACCGAAGAGUACACCUCAACUUCCAGAAUUUAAGGAAUUUCAUUUGCAAACUAUGGCACGAGCCAAUCAAAAUGCGGAAACAUCAACAGUUGCAUCGAUAGAAUCUACUCAGAGUCAUCAGUGGAAAUUGUCGCAUCUUACAGCCCCAAAGUCCCCUGUUCUUAAAACAUCACUAAGAGCACGACCUCCAAGGAUUAGAAGCUCCAAAGAAAUGGAAAAGGAAGAACUCGAAAAAGUUCCCAAAUUUAAGGCAAGGCCUUUGAAUAAGAAGAUAUUUGAAAGUAAAGGAGAUUUGGGGAUGUUCUGCAACACAAAGAGGCAGGUGACAGUGCCUCAAGAAUUUCAUUUUGCCACUGAUGAACGAAUUCCGCCUCCAGCUAAUGUAGCUGAUAUGUUGUUUGACAAGCUUUCCCUUAAUUCUGAACCUCAAAACGACAAGACUAUUCCUAGAAACACCACUCCAAAUCCCUUCCAUCUCUCCACUGAGGAACGAGGGGCGGAGAAAGAGAGGAAAUUGUUCACCGAACUUCUACAUAAACAAAUUGAGGAGGAGAGGUCCAGAAUGCGCAAAGCAACUCCAUAUCCAUACACCACUGAUUAUCCAGUGAUUCCACCAAAACCAGAACCAAAGCGGUGCACAAGACCAGAACCUUUCCAAUUGGAGAGUCUUGUUAAGCAUGAGCAGGAGACGUGGAGGCAAAUGGAAGAAAGGCGAAAAAUGGAGGAGGAAGAAGCAAAGAUGAGGAACUUUAAGGCUCAACCAAUCUUGGCCGAGGACCCUAUUCCAGUUCCUGAGAAAGUACGUAAACCCCUCACUGAAGUUCAGGACUUUAAACUGAAUGUAGAUCACCGUUCUCUUGAUAGAGCUGAGUUCGAUAAGAAGAUUAAGCAGAAAGAGGUGAUGCAUAAGAGGUAUAGAGAAGAGACAGAAUCUGCAAGAAUGAUGGAGGAAGAGAAAGCAUUGAAACAACUGAGGAGAACUUUGGUGCCCCAUGCAAGACCAGUGCCUAAAUUUGAUCAUCCUUUUCUACCUCAGAAGUCUUCCAAACAAGUGACGAAACCAAGAUCACCAAAGCUACAGAUUGUUAAAAGAAAAGAAAGGAGGGCAAUGGCCUGCCCCUACGCGCCAGCUUCUAGUGCUGCCUACCAAAUGAGGUGAUGUAGUACAAU